ACGGGCUGCUGCGCGAGCAUGCCGGCCAGAAAACGAAAUGCCAAAGCAGUGGUGCAAAUUGGACACCCAACCAGUCGAGCCGUUAGUCGAAGUGGGCGUGGAAAGGGAGGAAGAUUGCGAGUUCGAGCUGAUAUUGCUUUUGUCGCUCUAGUAGGCAGCGCUUUCGUCGUUGCCUACGUCAUAGCAAGCAACCCUCUAGGCAAUGGUGAUGCCGUUGUACCUUAUAUUGUAGAUGGACAAGUUAGUGUGAAGGAGUGGACACUUGACUUGCCAUUUGCUGAGACAGUGGCUGCAGCAGGAGAGGCCGUCGUACUGAGACACACCGUUGUGGAAAAGUGGAGAGCACGAAACGUCUGGAAACCAUCGUACCUGAGCCAGAAAAUAAAACAACUUGAUGGAAUUUAUGAAAAUGAUAAUCGCUGGUUUGGACCUUAUUAUGACAUCAGAAAACCUUUAGUUAAUCUAACGAAACGUGUGAACUCGUAUUCCACCAACUUGUCUAUGAGUGGAGUUGAAUUGUUUAGGAGGAUAUUGUCUAAUGAGAGUAAAGAUUUUGUGUACUUUAGUGGUGAAAUAGAGAGACUUGGAUCUUGGGCUAUAGAUGACCUUCUUCCACUCGAUGAAUUUAUAAGUCUUAACCCUCAAUCGACAUCUAUUAAUGUAUGGAUUGGGCAACCUCGUGUUAUUGCUCACUGUCACUAUGAUGGAUAUCAUAACAUGUAUGUCCAACUGUUUGGCAAAAAGAAGUUCACUCUAUUUCGACCAUCUCAAUGGUCAUUCAUCUAUCCAUACCCAUUUCUGCAUCCCAGCCAUGCACAGAGCCAAGUCAACCUUAGUGAUACUGAUCUAGAUCGGUUUCCACAAGUGCAAAAAGCACAUGCUGUUGAAGCAGUGAUAGGUCCUGGUGAUGUCUUGUACAUACCACCACUCUGGUUUCACUACGUUGAAGCACUUGAAGCAAGCAUAUCUGUAAAUGUCUGGACCGACUCAGCACAGACGCUUCAAGUUCAGAAAAUGUAUCAAACUCCAGUUCCUCUAUUUGAUGGAAUCUCAUCAGAGAAGAAGGACCUUCAAGUGCUUGCAUUGGUCAUCAUAAUUAAGAAACUCAUAAAUGAAACACACACGAGGAAGCUAACCAACAGCCCAGAAACCUUUUUGAGCAAUCUGUAUGACAUUCGCUACUACAAUCUUGUAGUCUCUGGAGUUUUGCCAAGAACAGGAUGGUCACAUGAGAAUAAAUCUGUCUGUUCUUUACUUCAAAGUUUAAUGUCUGACCUGCAGACUGUUUUGAAAGAUGCAGAUUCAUUGCAGAAGUACUUUCGUUACAUUAGAACUAGUGUUGAACUUCUUCCAACUGAAACACGAGAAGUGUGGCUGGGUAACUUGGUAGAGAGCUUGCUAGAAUCUGUGGUAACUGCACCAUUUGUGGCCCAAGUAUUGAGUGAGUCUUUGGAAUGUCUUCACAGAUUCUAAAUGAAGUGUUUGCAAACACAAGACUUCACAUCAUCAUCAAUUUUUAAAGAUUAUAAUUCCGAUCGGAUGUACUCGACUGUACAUAUCAAGUACUUAUUUGUUUUGUGUUCUCUUGAGGACCCGUUUAAUUUAUUGUUCAAACUGUCAAAAAAUAAAAUAUGUAGAGACUGUAAUGAAAUUAGAAAAAACUUAGCUACCAGUGUGUCUGUCUUUUUACUUGUUUAUUGAAUUCUUUCUACAUGAGAUACAGACAUUGCGCUUGUGUUGCACUUUGGUUGUACAUACAGUGUAACACAUGUACACUUCCGUGGUCAAAUAUUCAGUCAGUCAAACAUUCAACAGGUUA